UCACUGGAUCCUGUCUUCUGACUAACACCCCCUUACCCACCCCAAGCAUGAAAUCCACCCAACGCAACCUGCUCACACUGGCUUCGCAAUCAGGUUGGCUGGCUGCCAAAGCGAAUCACAUACUAUCAAGGCUAAUCAAUUGGUCAGUCAGUUGAAAAGAAUACCAACUGUGCUUCAAAGCAUUCUAUUGGUUAGGCAUUCUAUAUGCGGAAACGACUGUUGUUAGAGUUGCACAGUACUUACCGUUACCUGGACGGUCCAUGGUUGCGGAAGAGCUAGGGUUCAGUUUGCCUUGCAAGUCUUGUGAAGGGAUUUCGACCAGAGUCGAACGGGUGCGAACGGUGCGAACGGUGCGCAGUCAAGGUUGGAGAGCGUGUUUUAGUCCGCGAUACCCCCUCUCAACCGUCAAGAACGCUCCCAAUCGCGGAUCUGAUAUUCUCCCCACGGUCGAUGCGGUGGAAAAUCUUGUCCCAAUCGCGUUCCGCCUUGCGGAUCCUGUCGGCCUCAAGAUGCGGAUGUUUCGCCCGCCACUUCCGCUCCGGACCGUCAUCCUCCUUCAAGACCCGGAAGAAAUCCCGCGUGGACUCCAUAUCGGCCUUGGCCGCUUGAAUGUGCUCGUCCGCCAUCUCGCACAGCGCCACGAAAUGGUCGCCGCGGUGCUUCUUCACUCGCAGAUUGGUCGCCUGCACGAGGUUCCCGGCGAUCUUGAGAUUCGCGAGGAAGGUGGUCUGGAUGUCUUCGCACUUCGCGAGGCGGUUGGACUUGAGAUCAGCGUCGAGGGCCGCGCGGAGAAUCACUCGGACCUCCGCCUCAUUGCGGUCUUUCUGGAGCCCGAGUUUAGUCAUCGGGGUGAAGUUGGCGUAUUGGUCGCUCAGCUUGAUAUACUCGGCUUUCACUGCGCGAUAGUCGGCCUCGAGGGCCUCGAGGCACUGCUUUGCGGCGGCUGGGUCCAUGGGGUGUGGUUUCUUCUUUACUUUCGACGAUGGGUUGCAAAUGUUCUGGUUUUCUGGUGAUGGAGAAGGGCAGAAAUGGGUUCUGCAGGCUCGGACGCAUAUUUAUGACCAAGUGAUAGUCCUUUGGAUCUAAAAGUCACAAUGACUCUUUGUCCAUUCAUGAGUCUACGCAUCUCUAUUGCGAACCGUUGUGUCAACAAUUUCAUUGUCCACGUCUCUUUGAGGAUCUUUGUCUAUUGACUGGUUAUAUAUACCAUCGUACAAUGAUAUUGGGUGACAUUAUCUUUGGGCCUUUCCGCCUUACUCGUCUGCUCAAGAGGGUCAAUGACGGACUCUGCAAACUUGUGCAAAUUGUCCUUGGCCUUUAUUGAAGCUUCUGAGAGACA